AUGAAGUCUAAUGUGGCUGAGAAGAACGACGCGGCCAAGACGAUAGCCGGCCUAUUGUCCCAAGGUGCGGCACGGCGGCGCGAGGGGUACUCGGUAUACAACAAAGUAUACGACUUUGAGGCGCCUGUGCGCGGCCAAAAUGCCAAGAUGGUUAUGACCUCCGUCUCCGGCCACUUGAUGCAGUUGGGAUUCCCGGUAUCCUAUCGAAACUGGCGCGUCGUUGAUCCGCGCUCGCUGUUCGAUGCGCCCGUAAAGAAGAGUGUCGCUGCGGACUAUGAGCCCAUCAAACGGACAUUGGAACGAGAGGUGCGCGGCUGCCAGGGCCUAAUCAUCUGGACGGAUUGUGAUCGAGAGGGCGAGAACAUUGGCUACGAGAUCAUCGACGUCUGCCGUGCCAUCAAGCCGAAUCUGACGGUGUAUCGGGCCAGCUUCUCGGAGAUUACGACGACAGCGGUACGCCGGGCUCUGCAGCAGCUGGGGCAGCCGGACAAGCGGCAGAGCGAUGCAGUGGAUGUACGCACUGAACUGGAUCUACGAACUGGGGCGGCCAUCACCCGUUUUCAGACCAUGCGCCUCCAGCGUCUGUUCCCCGAAAAGAUUGCAGAUAAGCUCAUAUCCUAUGGAAGUUGUCAGAUCCCAACUCUAGGGUUCGUCGCCGAACGUUACAAGGAAGUAGAGGCCUUUGUCUCUGAGCCAUUUUGGAAGAUCAGAGUUCUCCACACGAUUGAUGACCUGACGGUGGAGUUCAACUGGGCACGGAACCGUCUAUUCGACAAGGAAUCUUGUGAGAACUACCUGCUGCUCUGCCUCUCGGAGCCCGCUCCGCGUGCUCUUGUAGAGAGCGUUACGGUCAAGCCCAAACACAAAUGGCGGCCCACGCCCAUGGAUACGGUGGAAAUGGAAAAGCUUGGCUCCCGGAAGCUCAAGCUGUCGGCCAAAGAGACGAUGACUAUUGCAGAGAAAUUGUACAGCAAGGGCUUCAUCAGCUAUCCUCGCACGGAGACGAACCAGUUUUCCAAGGAGUUCGAGUUGGCGCCCCUAGCAAUGCAUACGGGCCACCCCGACUGGGGAGCCUUUGCCCAACGUGUGGUUGACUGGGGUCCGAAUCCACGCAAUGGCAGCAAGUCGGAUCAGGCGCAUCCUCCCAUACAUCCCACCAAGCCGGCUGACAAUCUGCAGGGAAAUGAUGCUAGGGUCUAUGAACUAGUUGUCCGCCACUUCCUCGCUUGUGUCAGCAAGGAUGCCAUUGGUUCCGAAACCCUUGUACACAUAGACAUUGCUGGCGAGAAGUUUACGGGAAACGGACUGGUUAUUCACGACCGUAACUACCUAGACGUGUACGUGUACGAAAAGUGGAACGCCAAGCAGAUCCACCACUACGAGCAGAGGCAGCGCUUUGAGCCGACAGAGGUGUCCCUGCACGAAGGUGCCACUACUGCGCCUCCGCUGCUGACGGAGGCGGAUCUGAUUGCUCUGAUGGAAAAGCACGGAAUCGGAACGGAUGCCACUCAUGCCGAGCAUAUCAACACGAUUAAGGAGCGAGGCUAUAUAGGAGUAUUGGACAAGGGGGCCCUGGUGCCGGGAGUUAUCGGGAUGGGCCUCUACGAGGGUUAUGAUGCCAUGGAACUGGCUUUGGCCAAACCCCAGUUGCGCGCGGAGUUCGAGUCGGACCUGAAACUCAUUUGUCAGGGUCAAAAGGAUCCCAAAGUUGUUCUGACGGAGAAUAUAGCCAAGUAUAAGCAGUCCUACCAACAGAUUACCGACAAGAUCACCGCAAUGGACUCGAAGAUAGCAGCUCGUAUCAACGAAACCCCUGCGGCGAAUUCCUCGAACCAGGAAUCAGGAAGCGAGAACAGUCAACCGGCCAUGAUGCAAACUCUCUUUAAAUGCCCUAAGUGUAAUGACGGCCACAUGGCUCUGAAGGCAAAGAAGAAUCAGCAGGGCUGGUUCAUCGGCUGCACCAACUUUCCCGACUGUAAAAAUGUUGUCUGGAUGCCUAUGGAAUGCAAGGACGUGACCGCUUUAGAUGAGUGCUGCCCAAGCUGCGGUGAUACACACCAUCUGCUCAAGUUCCGCCUGAGCACGCCCUACUUCCGCGGCGUCUUCAACACCCCGAAUGGCUGGUACAAGACCUGCCUGCCCUGCGACAAUCUCUUCCGCUCUACGUUCCACAUUAAUUUAGAUUCUGUGAAGAGAGCAGGACGAAUUGUGGGGGAGGCAGGGAGUGGAGGAGACUGGCGACCAGGGAUAUGCCCAUUAACGGCGGACCCAAGAAACCCAGCAAAACCGAAGAAACCACCAAAAGCCGACACAAAACCGAAAAAAGGCUCGAAAUCCAGUAAUACCUCCUCCACUGGCGGCACCAUUCGCAGCUACUUUAGCUGUGCGGCUGCUAGUUCACCUUCCACCGAAAUGGGAUUCUUUGACAGUAAUGAUGGGUUUGAGGAGGCCAUGCUAGCUGCUGUGGACUCUGUGGAGACAAGUACGAGUACGACUCAGCCACAAGUCGCCAAUUCGAUCACUCUGGAUGAUGACAUAGCCGCUGCCUUUGCCGCAGAUGAUGAUGCCGAGUUCGAGGCCUUGGUGAACGGUUGCAGCACCACGGAAAGUGAUAAUCGUCUGGAUUUAAGUCUUUCAGACUGGGUGAAGGCACAGGACGAAGCGAAUGAGCAGCCAAUGGUGUGGGGUAGUAGGGCUCGAUCAGCCAUCCCGACUGCGGCAGCCACACCGCCUCCGAGACCAGUAGCAAAAAGACCCCGCUUGGACAGCACCGAAUGGGAUAGGCCUUCCACAGGGGCAGCCGAACCAGAAGCAGUCCUGUGCACAGGAUGUCACCAGCCAGCUCGUCAGCACACUGUACGUAAAGAUGGUCCCAACCAGGGCCGGCUGUUUUACAAGUGCCCCAAGCCCAACGAGUGCAAGUUCUUCCAAUGGGCUGAUGAAGGGCAAGCACCAUCUUCAUUCAGACAGCCCAUCCAGAGUAGCAGCAACACUGCCAACUCCUGGGGCACAAAUCGUGUAGUAACUCUGCCAAGUCACCAGGAGAGAAGCAGUCAAGGGGGACAAUCCUCGUUUAUGCGGUCCAACUCUAGCAGCACUGUCACCAUAACUCAAACAAAGACAAAGACCACGCAAGAUCAUGGAGGGGAGGAGGUGAAGUGCAACUGCGGGCAGCUAGCCAGCAGACUAAUUGUGCGCAGGGACGGACCCAACCAGGGCAGACCCUUCUUUGCGUGUCCACGCGAGAAAUCAUGCGGCUUUUUCAAGUGGGGCGAUGAGGAUCAAAACCAAGGUACCAGCAGCAGCAGCUCUCUGGGAUCGGGCAAUCGAAACCCGCCGGCCGGACGCAGUCAAGGCGCGGAUUCUUCUGAAAAAACAGGGAAAACGCGUCGCUGCGGCUUGUGUCGCCAAGAAGGGCAUAACCGCAAUAAAUGUCCGCGGAAGAAUGACAUCGAUAUGUAGGUAAGAAACCGCAUUAAGUUGGAUGAAAGGGUUGUUUCUGAAUUAGUAUUUGCAACGUGCAUAAUUACUAUUGUUCGUUAUAUAGUAUUUAAAUAUAAUUUAAACAUAAAUAUUUGGAUGUUUUAAAAUAAAGUAAAUGGAAAGUGUCCUUAUUUCAGAUUAAGUU